AUGACAGCUCCACUCCAGUCAUGCAAUAACACCAUUCAAUUGAGUCGGAAUCAUCAGCUGUGCCGAAAUGACAGCUCCACUCCACAUCCAACACCGCACGAAGAUGGGAAGCGCAACUGCUGCUGGGUCUUGCUCCACUGUGCCGAAAUGACAGCUCCAUCGGAAUCAUCAGCUUGUGCCGAAAUGACAGCUCCAGUUCGUGUACCGCACGUUGUUCACUCGUUGCCCAUGUCUGGUUGCAUGUCUGUGCUUGCAUCCAACACCGCACGAAGAUGGGAAGCGCAACUGUUGCUGGGUCUUGAUGCGGUCAUGCAAUAA